UUGGUUCAUGUGUUCAUAUGUUUUUUGUUAUUGUUUAUUGUACCGUUAAAAACAGCGGAUACUGACAGAGUGACGCGCAAGCAGCAAGCGUAAAUCAAAACUUGCGGGGUAUCGAUAACUGCGAUAGAUCGAUCCUUAAACUAAACUUUAUCUCAAGACAAUCCAGAGUAACGCGCUGUUUGGCACAAGAGCAAAGUAAACAAAAGAAAUAAAUAAUGUUGCAAAUACCACGCCCAUCGCGCCUUAUGGUACAAGGCGCCGCCGUUGCCUGCGUUAUGCUGUUAUUAAUGUCCUGUCUGCGACCCUUGAGCGUUUUGUUUCUGGGCCUGUUCAGCUAUUGGCUCUAUUGGACGCGCUGCAGCUUUAGGAUAGUGCUAACGCCACAGCUACGCGCCAAAUUUGAAUCGUGGACUGCAAGCGCGGAGGCGUGGCGUCGCAACUCUCCGGGCAUGUUCUGCUUGGUGAGCAGCGGCUGCCUGGCCAGCUUGGCCAUACUAGGCCACUUGAUCUCCGGCUCGGCACUGGUGCUGGCCUUGCUUGUAGUCUCCGCGCUUAUCUCCACCAAAUAUAACUUUAAGCUGCUGCAAUUCGAGCGCAAAGAUUUUCAACUCACCGAGCAAUUUAGCUAUAGCAACCCCGAGCCUGAGCUCGACGAUGAAUUCCUGCCGGACGUGAACGAUGCCAAUCUGUUUGUGCUGGAGCGUGCCAGCGAUGUGGCCACGCUUAGCGCUGAUUGCGGCGAGGAGGAGGAGCGCAGCGACGACAUACCCUCUGAGCUGCUUAUACCUGAUUCCAUACCCGAGAUCGACGAACACUCCACGGACGAGGAGGAUGAGCUAGCGCCAGCCAAGCAGGACAACAAACAGAUCAAGCGAGAGCAGCAGCCCCAGUCAGCGAGCCAAGAACAAGCAGCAAGCAAAGCGAAUGCAAUGGAUUUUCGCAAAGGACACUUUAAGCGCGACUCCUCGCUGUCCACCACCUCGUCCUCGUCGGAGGAGAGCCUGUCCAAGGGCCUGCAGUUUCCCGAUCACACCAGCGUCGAUGCCGGCAGUGCACCGGCGCUGCUGCAGUUGGGCGGCAGCAGUGAAACAGAUGCCAGCAGCUCACUCAUGGCGCUGGCGGUCAAAACGCAGGCGCAGGCACUGCUGCCCAGCCUAGUCAGCGGCCUGGUGCAGUGGGGCGGCGCAGUUGCAGCUGCGAGCAACGCCAGCGGCAGCGGCGACAGCACAGCAGUUACCAAAUAUCAGCAGCGACGACAGGUGACUGCUCUGGAUUCGUCCGACGAGAGCGACUUUGAGAUACUCGAAACAGACGACUUUAAGUAAAGCCACAACACAAGCAGCAGCAGCAGCAGCAGCAGCAACAAGCAUACGCAGCGUAUUACACACAGAUAAAUACACAAACACACAGACACACACACACACACAGACACACGAAAAAUGUUUGCAAGGCAUACUCAAGAGAAAUCAUUAUAAUAUUGCAACACACUUAACUUAUAUACAUAUGUAUGUAUGUAUAUAGAUGUAUGUAUAUGUAUAUAACAAAAAGACUGCUACGCAGGAAUCGAUUCGAUUCGACUCGAUUCGAUUCAAUUCGAUUGAAAAAUUCGCUUAGUUACUUAGCCUUCGUGCUCUGCAUGUUCUGUUUCUGUAUUUUGGCUGUCUCUGUUUUUGUGCUUUUGCUUUUGUAUAUUAUUAUUUUAAUUAUUAUAUGCUUAUGAUUAUGCUUACUACUAUUAUGACUAUGAAAUUCUUAUAUAUUUUUUUUUGUUUUGUUUAAUGGACCUGCGGUUUAGUUGCUAAAGACGCUACUUGAAAUUAUUUUUGAGUU